GUAUAAAGGUUGUUUGCUUGUUACAGGAGAACGAGUACGACGUGGCUGAACUCACUGAGGCUCUGCUGCUCAUUAAAAAGCGUAAAUCUAAUGGGGAGCUGGGCUUCCUGCAGGAGGGGGUGCAGGAGGAGCAGGAUGAGGUGCAGGAGCUGAGAGCCGCUCACGCUGAGACCAUCCAGGAGCUGCAGAAGACCCGCAGCCUGCUGAGCAUGGAGAGCAGCAUCUGCAGGGACUACAAGGUGGAGCUGCAGGCGGUGCUGCAAAAGAUGGAGGCUGAUGGAGGAGGUUUUGCGCAGCAGCUUCAGCGACAGGCCGCGCUGCUGGAUACCCGCGCUGCCAGAAUCAAGAAGCUGGAAGGUAGAUAUUAAUAGUUUGGUUCCAAAACGCGAUAAACGCCACUUUUGAAAAAAAGAGUUCCCGCCAAAAUUAGUAUCGUAUUUCGUCGGUAUUGAAAAGUCAAUAUUCAAUUUUACGCAAAACGCGAUAUCCGCCGUGUUAUUUUGUCCUGUUUUCUCACUUUCUUU